AUGGCCCACAUCCACACUCAGAUAUAACAAUGAAAUCCUCCUCCAGUCUUGCACAGGUGUACCGGCUCCUCCCCUCCAGUCUUGCACAGGUGUACCGGCUCCUCCCCUCCAGUCUUGCACAGGUGUACCGGCUCCUCCCCUCCAGUCUCGCACAGGUGUGCCGGCUCCUCCCCUCCAGUCUCGCACAGGUGUGCCGGCUCCUCCCCUACAGUCUCGCACAGGUGUGCCGGCUCCUCCCCUACAGUCUCGCACAGGUGUGCCGGCUCCUCCCCUACAGUCUCGCACAGGUGUGCCGGCUCCUCCCCUACAGUCUCGCACAGGUGUGCCGGCUCCUCCCCUACAGUCUCGCACAGGUGUGCCGGCUCCUCCCCUCCAGUCUCGCACAGGCGUACCGGCUCCUCCCCUCCAGUCUCGCACAGGUGUACCGGCCCCUCCCCUCCAGUCUUGCACAGGUGUACCAGCUCCUCCCCUCCAGUCUUGCACAGGUGUACCGGCUCCUCCCCUCCAGUCUUGCACAGGUGUACCGGCUCCUCCCCUCCAGUCUUGCACAGGUGUACCGGCCCCUCCCCUCCAGUCUUGCACAGGUGUACUGGCUCCUCCCCUCCAGUCUUGCACAGGUGUAC